GCGUGGCCCUGGAUCGCGGCACCUGGCGCUGCAUCGCCUCGCCUCGCAUCACCCUGCAUCGCAUCGCCCUGCGUUGCCUCACCUUGCAUUGCAUCGCUUUGCAUCAUGUCUCAUCACCUUGAAUUGCAUCGCCCUGCAUCGCCUCGCCUUGCCUUGCAGCGUUUUGCAUCGCCCUGCAUUGCCUUGCCUUGCACUGCUUUGCCUUGCCCUGAAUCACGGUGCCUUGCCUUGCACCACUUUGCAUCACCUUACAUCUCCUCGCCUUGCCUCUCAUGUCUUUGCAUCGCAUCUCAUCACCUCGCCUUGCACCGCCCUGCAUCGCCUCGCCUUGCCUUGCAUCGCUUUGCAUCGCACCUCAUCACCUCGCAUUGCAUCACUGUGCAUCACCUCGCCUUGCCUUGCAUUGUUUUGCAUCACCCUGCAUCGCGUUGCCUUGCCUUGCACCACUUUGCAGUGCCCUGCAUUGCCUUGCCUCGCCUUGAACCACCCUGCAUCACCCUGCAUUGCCUCACCUUGCAUUGCCUCACCUUGCAUCGCAUCUCAUCACCUCGCAUCGCAUCGCCCUGCAUCGCAGCAGCUGGCUUUGCACCACUUCACAUCGCCCUGCAUCGCAUCGCACCGUGUCGCCUCACAUCACAUCGCUCGGCGUUGCAGCGCCUCGCCUUGCAUCGCCCUGCAUCAGCUCCCAGUGUGUCUCCCUGCAUCGCAUCGCCCUGCAUCGCAUCGCAUCGCCCUGCAUCGCAUCGCCCCAUGCUGCAUUGCCCCAUGCUGCAUCGCCCUGCUCUGCAGCACCACGCCUGAGAGCUGGGGGACAUCUGGGGGCCUGCUGCCUCCUCUCGCCCUGCAGUGUGCCCUGCCGGUGCUGGUGGCAGCCUCUCCCAUUCCUGCCGCCUGCCUCAGGUUGCAGGGUGAUCCCCCCACCGCCCUGCCUGGCCCGCAGCACGCAAUGACCCCACCACCCUGUGCUGGGGUCCCCCAGUGCACUGUUUCAUGCACCCGCUGCUCCCCGCUCUGGAAGUCACUUAACCAGUAACCCCUCCUUGCGUGCCCUCCCUGAGGAUGCCAGGAUCCUGCGAGCCCCUCCAAACACCCUGCUUAUUGCCAUUAUUUGUAAUUAUUGGGAUAAUUACUGGAGGCAGCAGCGCGGAGGGACAGAAACGCAGGCUCUGCUGCAAAAAAAGUCAUUUCAACUUCCUGGGUCUGCCCGUCUGUGCCUGCUGCCGCCUUCCACAGCCCCCCCCGUCCCCGUCCCCAGCCAAUAACCCCUGCAUCGGUGCGAUACCAUCUGGAAGCUGUCUGCUCCCGCCAGCAGACGUCUAUUAGCCGAGCGCCUCGGCACAGUCGUCAUUAAAUGUCCCCAUUUCCUCUCCCUGCUCGCGUUCGGUGCGGGGAAGCACCUGGGUCACCGGUUUGAUCUCGGAGGCAGCGGAGCAGCUUGCGGGGCGAGCGGGGACCCCGUGCGCUAACGAAGGGCUGGGUAGCGGUGGGGACGCAUCCUGCCCGUCCCCAGCGGGUCGGAGACGCGGGGUCCCCCCUUCUGCAGCCCCCAGGGACUUCCCUGACGCCGCUCCCUUGGCCGUGCCGCAGCGGUGACCCCGGCGCAGCCCACGCCGUCCCCUCCGCCUUCAUUAAGGCGAUGCGUUUAACGAGGGGAGGCCGCCAGCUCCUAACGCACCGCACCCAGCACCUGCCGGCAGAGCUGCCGGCACGCGGUGCUGAGCUCCCCAAAGCACCGCGUGUCCGAAACGUGCGAAACUUGGCGUGGCUCCGGCCGGCCCCUUUGUCCGCAGCUCCUGCGCACCCGCACAGAUCGCAUCGCUGCUUUUAGUAGUCCCGGCCUGGCCCCAUUUCCUGCGGGGCAUCCCGUGGAUACCGUUCACAUUUCAGCGCCUUUUCGGGGGUUGUGCACACAGGCGGGCAUUUAUUUAUUUAAGUGCUGCCGGCGGCAGCAGCGAUGCUCUCAGGGAUGCCCUGCCUCUCACCGCACCGAUGCUGCAGCACCCCCAGCACCCCUGGAGCAUGGCUCGGUGCUGCCCACAAGAGCCCAGCACCCCAAAACCACGGUGCCGUGCCCACAUUCCCCCCCCACAGCCCCUUUUUGGUCUCUUUCUGCGUCUCCCCUCCGUCCUGCAGCUGCAUCUCGCAGGCCACACGGGCAGCUGGAUGCGGUUAAGGCAUAUAUCUCGGGGAAAAAGACAGGUCAAUUAAAAUCCGGCGAGCCCGGUGCUAACGCCCCUCGUGCCGAAGUGGUGUGGGGGCUGCCCUGUCCUGCUCGGGAAGCUGGGGGGGCGCGGGGGCUGUGAGAACAAAGGGAGCAAAAUCAAAGCCAGGCCUCUGGGGCAGCCCGGAGUGGCGGCGAGAAAAUUAAAGGGAGAAAAGGGCCCCUACAGCUCCACGUGGAAGCAGGUUUGAAAAAUGGAAUCAGCUCGAGAAAACCCCGGUCUGUUGCUUUAAGGGGCGCUUUUCCCCCCCCCUCCCUUCUCUUUUAUUAUUAAUUAUUAUUACUUUCCCAAACAGCUGGGGCAAUGCCAAGCUGAGCAAAAAGCACCCGGUGCGAGGGGACGUGCCGCACACCGGCGCGCACGGGGGGACGCACGCAGGGGACACGGUGGGGCUGUGGUGGGCGUGCAUGGGCUGAGGGCGUGGGGGGAGCAUGGGUGCCUAUACGUGAGGGGUGUGCACACGUGCAGGGUGUGCAAAUUGCAGGGUGUGCAUGCAUGUGAAUCAUGCAGGGUGUGCAUGCAAGCAGGGUGUACAUGCAUGCAGGGUGUGCAACACUGUGCACACAAGCAGGAUGUGCACGCGUGGAAGCCCCCGGGCAGGAUUGGGCCAAGACAGUGCCCGCAAGCCAACGCCCAGCUGGGGACCACCAGCCUCGGCCAUGUCCCAGCACGUGGCAAGGUCUGGGCUCACCCUGCACCCUCUGGGACCUCCUUCCGGGGGCCAAAAUAUCGGGGGCUGGAUGAGGCCAGCCAGGCAGGAGGUGCGGAUGGGGCUGCCGGAUGAUUCCCCAUCCGAGAUGAGCUGAAAGCCUGCUCCGAGCAAGGUGCUGAGCCGGGAGCUGGGGCCGUGGCGGGGGGGGACACGCUCUCUGCCAGCAGCACCCAGCCCCGUCCGAGGAGCCGGCGGCCAGCUCUGCCCUGGGCUCUGCCGCAGCUCUGCUGGCGGAGGGACCUAACAGAUGUUGCCUCCUGAUGUAGGCUGUUUCCGAGCAAACGCUUUAAUGGCAUCAAAUCAAGCUGUCGACAGCAGCAAGGUUAAGUCCCUUUCCAGGAGGGGGAGGAGGAAGCGGCCGCGUCCCUGGGGCUGCGUGCACGCGCCCCCUGCCACAGCCCCGGCGGACGCGCUCGCCCAGCCCCCGAGGAAGUUUCCAGCCCGGCUCCCAGCCCUGGGAUGGGAAUCGACACGACGGGGCCGUGGGGGCAUGGCUGCAGCCCAGCACCUGCGCUCAGCGGCCCCACAAAGCCACCGCAGCCCCACGUGGGGCUCCGUGGGUGCCCAAAGGGUGACCCCCAGGAGGGGCUCCAUCCGCCGGAGGAGACGGGGCCAUGGGGACAUCACGGUGCCCAGAGCCAGCACGACCCUGUCCCGCCACGCAAGGAGCCGUGCUCGCGUCAGGCUACGGCCACCCUGGAGCAUCCCGUCCCCCCGGUCCCCAGGGAGAAGUGGCCCCCAUGGACAGCCCGCACGGCCCCACAGCUCCCAGCACAGCCCUGGUGUCACCCUCUGGGGACACGCAGGACCCGUGGGACCUCCCAGGGCUGGUGCGUGACCUGGGGCCAUGCACUGGUGCCCGGGGCUGAUGCUGCAGGGCACGGGGCUGACACGGUGCCAGGAGCAGGGCACAGCGCCGUGCUCCCCCGGCCGCUGCAGGUGCCCACCCGCGCCGCUGCUCGCAGCCUGCCUCCCGCUCGGAUUUGCGAUGCGUUGCCUGGGCUUGGCUCGAUUUUGCCCCCCCCCUUCCCUCCUUCCUCUCCUUCCUUCUCCUUUCCUCCCCUCUCCCUGAUGGCUGGCAGGGAAAAGGCAGCGAUGCACCGCAAAGGGCCGGAUCCGGAGCCCUCCGAAGGCAGCCCGGGAGCUGGUGCUCUGCAACGUGCUGGCGUGGACCUGGUGAAAUCAAUGCACUUCGGGGAUUUCUGUGCCCGUAUCAGAGCGGGGACGCAGCGACGGGACCCAUGCAGCCCCCAGGAUGCGGCGCGCCAAGGUCCCAUUCCCACCCCGUGCCGUGCCCAAAUCCCCUCCAACAGCUCCUGCACCCCGACACACACACGCCAAGCUCCUCCACGAGUCUGCCAGACCCGGGAUGAAUUUCUCCACUGGUUUCCCAGCCCGGUGCCUGGCUGGCCCUGCCCCGGCGUCCCCCCGCGCUGCUGGAGCAGGCGGCGCGAUGGAAAGUUGCUGGAACAUCAGCUUCGGCUGCAGAGUCCUGGUAACAGUUGCUAUGCGAAACAUUCAGAGGUGGAAUUUACUGUCACAGUUAAUAAUAGAUGAAGGUUUUAGAAUUUUUGAUGCUUUACAUUUUAAGCCGUUUGAUUUAUAAUGUUUCAGAAAAGGAGGGGAAAGAGCCGGGGCGGGGCGGGGGGG